AUGUCCGAGCUUCUUGCCAACAAACCUCUCCUUGGCCCCUUGGUCGCCCUCAACAUGUGGACUUUGACCAUGGAAGCCCUGUUGUACAAACGAAGGAUCCCUGCGCUUGCAAAGUACAACGUCACCUUCGACCCGGAGACCGUCAAGAAGCAGAAAGCAGAAAAGUUGCCGGCUUUUGUGCAAUGGCCGACAGAUAACUAUAACAAUUUGUUGGAACAGCCUACCCAAUUCUACGCCGUCCUACUCGGAUUAACCCUGCUCAACAUCAAGAGCAAGCGAACAGUCUCUUUAGCCUGGGCUUAUGUAGGCCUGAGAGUGUUCCAUAGUCUGAUCCAUGUCUCUAUCAACUACCCCACUCCACGCUUUGCUUUGUUUGCUACGAGUUCUUUCGCUCUGCUUGGACUCGUAGCUGAGGCAGCUUCGAAGCUUUUCUUCUAA